CUCAGAUCUUAUCCCGCCCUCUCUACCCAUUUCCUCUCCCAUUCAGCUCUCUUUCCAUCCUUUCAUCAACAUGGGUUUCCGUUGGACCUCACCCUUAGCCCAGGUCAUUGCCGUGGGCUUCAUCUGCUUUUGUUGCCCUGGAAUGUUCAAUGCAUUGAAUUCUCUUAAUGGUGGUGGUCAGGUCGAUACCAAAGUUGGACAGAAUGCCAAUGUCGCUCUUUACACUUGCUUCGCCAUCUUUGGUCUUCUCUCUGGUGCCAUCCACAACAAACUGGGACCCAAGUGGACUAUCCUCAUUGGUUGUUCAGCUUAUAUUCUCUAUGUAGGAUCUCUCCUAUGCUACAACCACACCUUGAAUGGCGCUUUUACCAUCACCGCCGGUGGUAUUCUCGGAAUCGGUGCUGGUAUGCUUUGGACUGCUCAAGGAGCCAUCAUGAUGGCCUAUCCACGUGAGCAGGAUAAGGGUAAAUACAUUGGCUACUUCUGGGCCAUUUUCAACUCCGGCGCCGUCUUGGGAUCCGUCAUCGCUUUCGCUAUCAACUACAACGUUACCGAGGUCAAGUCUCUUGCUGACUCCGUUUACAUCACUUUCUUGGUCAUCAUGAGCGCCGGAGCCCUCAUCGCUCUGUCUCUGGCUCCUCCAACCGCUGUCACUCAUUCUAACGGUGACAAAAUCCAAAUUCAAAAGUUCCCUACCUGGACCGGUGAGGUUAUUGCUGUCCUCAAGCUCUUCCUUGACUGGCGCAUGAUUGCCCUUAUCCCCAUGUUUUUGUCCUCCAACUGGUUCUACUCGUACCAAUUCUCGACUGUCAACGGAUACUAUUUCUCAACCCGUACUCAGUCCUUGAACAACAUCUUCUACUGGCUCUCUCAGAUCGGAGGCUCUUGGACUUUUGCUCGUGUCCUCGAUUACCAGGGUGUCAACCGCAGGACACGUUCCUUCUGGGGUCUUGGGAUCGUCACGAUAUGCUUUGUUUCCACCUGGGUUGGAGGCAUCUUCUUCCAAAAGACAUACAAACUCGGAGACCCAAAGCCUGGUGUUGACUUUAAGAUCGGUGCUGAUUACAUUGGUCCCCUUUUCUUGUAUAUUUUCUAUGGUCUGAACGAUGCUGCAUGGCAGACUUACUGCUACUGGUUGAUGGGUGCUCUCUCUAACGACGUCGCCGUCUUGUCCCGUUAUGCUGGUUUUUACAAGUGCAUCCAGUCCUCAGGCGGAGCCAUCGCCUGGCGUAUCAAUGCCCUUGAGAUAUCCUUCAUGACUGAAUUGAUUAUUUGCUUUUCGCUUUUGGUUCUUUCCUUGCCUGGGGCGUUGUUCCUGUCUACGCGCAUUAAGGACAGUUCGGAUGAUGGCGUUACCAAUGACAAAGAAAGGGUUGUGGUCGACCAAAAGCACGAUUAUGACACCAAGACUGAACUUGCAGCCUAAAAGCAAC